AAUCAGCAACAAAGAAAAAAAAACCGUUUUGAGCUUAUAAAUCUAUUGGAGAGUGAACACGUUGACCGGAAGGGAUCCUAUUUAUUUUUCUCCCUGAGGUGCAUUAAAAAGCAUUCAAACUGUUCGACAACGGCCUCAAGUUGGAUAUUUCCAGCUAUCCCCAUAUGAAUAUACGAAUGGGUACGAAGGGCAAGCGUCCAUUGCGUAGCUUGACCCCCAGAGACAAGAUCCAUGCCAUACAGCGUAUCCACGAUGGCGAAUCAAAGGCCUCGGUGGCCCGGGAUAUUGGCGUGCCCGAGUCAACACUGCGCGGUUGGUGCAAAAACGAAGACAAGCUCCGCUUCAUGUCACGUCAGUCGGCAGCCGAUAAGAUGUGCGCCGAUGCGCUGGUGGAUAAGCUAGAUGGCGGAUCGGGAGGAUUGCUGGGACCACCAGAGAAACGUCAGCGCUUAGAUUCAUCACUGCCACUAAACUUCUCCAACAAAAUGAAGUUCGAUGAGCUGGCGUUCAAGCGAUCUCCCUUGAAUGGCUUGGACUACAGUGCAAAUAAAAACUUGUCCGAUUUAAAUUUCAAUGGUUUGCCCGUGGACUAUGCCAGCUUCAAUGGUGGCGGGGUCAAGAAUAAAGUGUUUGGUGCAGAUAUCAAUCGACCCGCCGAUCCCUCGCUCAAUGCCAUCAGUCCCCUAUCGAGCUUGACGCACCUUUCGGGUCUCACCGGCUUAUCGCAGUCCCCACUUGCAAUUAGCUUUAACGAGCUAACAUCAAACCUCAAUUUGUUGGCGCAACUUAAUCCCGGCUUGGCGGCCAUGUCCGGACUCAAUAGCUUUGCGGCCACAACUAACAGCUUACGCAACACAAAACCGAGCGGAAACCCGAACCAGCCCCAAGUGGCUAGUCCUCGUAGUGAGAGUGGGGGGGAUCGCGAACGAACCCCCGGACUAUCGGUUAAGAAUUGGGCAAAGCAAAAACUAUCAUCAUCUGCCGCUCCAGGCGAUUCUGGCUGCACAUUAAAUUUAAUGACUCAGGAUGACACGAAAGGCGGUGACAUUAAAAGCCCGAGUUCGUCGUUGGCUCCAUCGCAUGUUGGCGGUGUAAUGCCAUUGUCCAAUUUGCCCGAUGACCCACUCUUUUACUGGCUGAAAUCCCAGCAAACAAUGCUGGGGCUUAAUAGUCUUUAUCCGGCUCCUGUCGCCUUGGGAGUCACAAGUCCGCCAAUUCGUUCGUCCACCCCCCAGCAGAUGAAUCAGCAUGCCCACACACCACCAAUGCCUUCAGCACCGCUGACACCAUCAUCCACACCCUCUGGCAGCCUGGAUGAUAAGAACACAGCUUGGUACAAUUGGUGCAAAGCCUUUGGUGCUAGUCUCCACUCCAUGAAUCCAAAUGCAGCCACAUUAGCUGCCUUCCAGGCGAAUGCCCUGCAGCAUCCAGGCAUCGCCAAUACUGCUGAUAUCUCAAAUAUUGCCGAUAUGGCAAAGACCCCGUACGAUAAUAUACUCUACUCACAUCUAACGAAAGAGGCUGGAACUCCGUCAGUGCGCAGUCUGUCAUCGAAUGAACACAAUCAAAUGGACCAAAAUGAUGCGGCCUCCGAUCCCGAUCCAGACACCGAGAUGGAAGGUGAAAUUGAAGCCUCUGGCAAACCAGAGGAUUUGUCUGCAUCGUGUAAGGUAGCUAGUCCCCCUUCCAGUCCUAUCUUGAAUUCAGUUCAGAACGAACAUAGCUCCGAACCGCAUGCUGAGCCAGGUGCAGCGAGUCCCAAGAGCAAUACCAGAGACAAUAGUUCGAGUGGGGAGGGCAAGGACAUGCUUAGCAAUAUGCUCUAUAAAAUCGGCGGCAUGAAAUCAAACAUGCCCAUUAGCGUUGAGGCUAGUUGCGAGUCCGAGACUAGUUUAAUUGGCGAUGCCCAACACCAUAAUAACAACGAUGUUAGUGCUAGUAAUAACAAUAAUAACAAUAACUCAAACAAAACCGAUGAGGAAGAAAGAUCCAAAUAUUUGGACUACGCUUCUGAUAUGGACAACGAUGAUGUGGUGGCCAUCAGGCAUGGCGAGAAAUUUCUACAGUGGCUGGAAAAUUGUAGUAAUCCCCGUGUCACAGCCGUUCAACUGAUGCAACUUAGAUUCCUCAUUGCGGCAAUUAAGUCUAGCAAUGAACCCCAGGCGAGUGGCAAUGCAGUCGAAAACGAACUAAACUCUCAAGAGGACACUAGUAAAAACAAAAUUCGUCGUCGCAAAUAGGAUAAGCCGAAGUUGGCCUCCUCGGAGCCAGCCACGGAUAAUCAAAUAGUUGAUGCCGAGCAAAUGGAUAUGAAUCGAUCACGGCUGCGCCCUGAAACGAUGAUCAACAGUCUUGAAGCCAUGCGACGCCAGAGAUUUUCACCAGCCGUUUAUCAAUCAUCGGCCACUCUACUCAGUUCGUUGUUCUUCCCUCCCUACGAAUUUGUACACUGUGACCUCGACGAUGAUGACCCGGAUGAUUGCCAGAUAACGGGCGAGUAUCAGCAGUACGACGAAAUUACAUCGAGCAGUUAUGAGAAUGUACAGAAUAACUUAGAGUAACUAUUGAAUAAACACUGUCGUCUUAAGCAUCUAAAUCAAAUAAUACUAGCCCAAUUUUAGAUUCUGUGAACCUACUAUUGGUGAAAUCAAUUUUGGUUGCCUAAUCGUAAUUUGUAUCGUAUUUACAUAAUUUCCAAUAAAUAAGUAUAUUAACAUCAAA